CCUCAUCUUCCACUAACCCUCUCUCCUUCCAUCGACACAUAGAAGCUAGAAAAAGGGGAAAAUCUAUCUUGUUCCUCCCUCGACGACCUGCGUCGGAAUUCCAGAAGAUCAAACCUUGAACUCAUCUACCUCGCCAUCCACGUUAAUCCUUGCAUCCCACAGGAAUCGCUGCCUCCUCACCAUCACGACGGAGCCGACUUCGUAGUUGUAUCCCGCCAUUGGAAUUCGUCCGAGAUCGAAAGAAGAAGGGCCUUGUGUUUUAGCCGGGAAUUGAAGGACAUCACUUGUUUUGGACUCCAUUUCAAGCAGCCAAGAACCUUCUAUUUGGAUUACCCGUUGUAUGUGACGUCCUAACGGUUGCAGGAGAGUCGCACUUGCAAAUUAUAGAGAUUUCUUCUUGGUCGUUGUCAGGGAUUCGCCGGAAUUGUCGCGUAUCCUUUGCUGGAACCCACUUCUAUUUUCCUCUCGCUGCUGCUUUACCUAACCUAAUAGCCUUCCCCACCAACCUGGAAUGGAUAUAAAGGAAGGAGGAGUUGUUGAAGGGCAAAUAUGCCCAUCAAUCUCAAAAGUGUACUAUUUUUAGGUUAUGUGAAAAGUACAAUAUACAACACCAAACAAGGGAUUUACCAAAUACAACAAUUGAUAGAAUGCAUAUAUUUACAAUACAUUAAUUGGUAGAAUACAUCAAUUGUAUGAAUCGCAUCCUCCAAACAUGCCCUUCGUCUUCCUUCUUUCUCUUCGAGCAUCCUUCAUUCUCUCAACAAUCAAAAUCCCUGAUUCCAAAAUCAGUGAAUCUUGAUACCAAGCAAAACUUACAAUGGCAUCCAAUAAGCAGCUUCCAAAUAUUAAGGGCCUCUAGCAUAAGUUCGACUAAUAUAGAUUAGUCUGGCUUUGUGGCAAUACCGCUAGACUUAAUUGUCUCGAAUUCCAAAAAAUCAUUGUCUAAUCAAUUUACUAAAAAAUGUCUCUCAUACUCAAACUACUAUCGAAUGGCUCAUUAAAUUUUUUCCAAAUUUUAGCAGUGUCUUGAAACACCCUUACACACCACCUGAGUCCGCCUUGCUAUAUUAUACAUGCAUGUACUGCAAAUUCAGAUCUUCAGCUCUACUACCAAUAAACACCUCCAGCUUAUACGUAAGGUUUUAUCGAAAGUAUAUAAGUCGUGGGUUGGAGUUCUGGGAACUAUAAAGUAGAAAAUCUGUUCGAGAAUGUUGGGGAUGAUUUUUGCAUAUUCAUUUAGGAAUGCUUCAUCAACCACAACCAGAUCAGAUUUAUCAAUGAGACUUUGCUGGUCUUAAUCCAAAAGAAUGAUGUUCCGUCUCCAUGAGUGAAUUUAGGCCAAUUAGCCUAUGCAAUGUUAGCAACAAAAUAGUGGCCAAAUGUUUGGCCAAUAGGAUCAGAUGCCUAACGCCAAUACUGGUGGAACAAAACCAAAUGAGCUUUGUCCCAAAAUGCCAUAUUACUGACAAUAUUCUUAUCUUGUAGGAAACAGUCCACUCGAUGGCUAGGAAGAUAGAGAAGAAAGGCAUGAUGCUCAUGAAGAUCGAUCUGGCAAAAGCCUAUGAUCGAAUUGAGUGGAAAUUCCUUGAGGAAACCUUGUCCCUUGCUGGAUUUCCUAGCCACUUUGUUUCAAUUGUUAUGCGGUGUGUCUCUCAAUUGCAGGUGUUCUGGAAUGGGGGCGAAUCUGAGAGCUUUUCUCCAGGAAGGGGACUUCGCCAAGAAAGCCCAUUGUCACCGUACUUGUUCACACUGUGUUCUGGAAUGGAGCUCGAACAGAAGGGAGAUUUGCAGCAGGUUGGGGAUUCAUGAAAUUGAUGACCUUGGAAGGUACCUUGGGGUACCAGUGCUCCAUGGAAGAACGAUCAAAAAGCUGACCACUGAUCGCAGCUGCAAGGCAUGUAAUGGAAGGUCGGAAAUGAUCGAGCACAUCCUGCGACAAUGCAGGAAAACAGAGGGGUUCAGGAAUUUUUUCAAGAUCGAACAGUCUCCUCAUGACACGAGAAGCUUCAAACAAUGGAUGAAGAAAAACCUCAAAGAUGCACAUAGAGGAACCGAUUUUGGCAUCACUUGCUGGAUGAUCUGGAUGGGAAAAAGUACUCAGAGGCAGGGCUCAUUAGCAAAAUCAUUUCCUAGAUUCGGGUGUACCAACAAGCAAGGAUUAAUGAGGAAAGGUGCAUUAUUCUUCCAAGAAACUAGUACACUCCAACACCCAUCGCUUGGAAACCACCUAGAGAGAUUUCAAAUCCAAACUGACAGAUCAGUUCUGCAGAAUUCAGGGAAUGCAACGGCAUGGGACUUCUUUGAGACCACCUCGGAAGAUAUCUUCAUGCAUUCACCUGUAACUUGGGGCGUUGUACUAUCACCAUGGCUAAGCUCAAAGGAUCAAAAGUUGGGAUGCAAAGGGCGUGGGACAAGGGAUUUCGCAAGGUGGAGUUGAACCUCGAUUCAUCAACGACAAUUAGCAUAAUGGAAAACCACAUGGACAAGGAUCAGCGACAUGGGCUAAUCGCUGCACGUAUUGGAAAACUUUUGGAUCUUGAUUGGGAAGUUAAAGUCUCCCUUGUGUAUAGAGAGUGAAAUUUUGCCGUCGAUUUCUUGGUAAGCAAGGGUCAUUUGGCCCCUUUUGGUACACAUCCCUUCAAUGUGUACAAACCAAACCUUUGUAUCCAUGGUCAUCUCCAUGGAUCGUUCUAUUAGUUUAAUGAAUUAGGACACAUUGUCGUCCGUCUUCCUACCCAAACAAAAAAAAACAAAGUCUGUUUGAAGCAGCCUUAAUUAGCCUAUCCAGUAAGACUGCAGACGAUGAUGCGAACCUUGUAGUUUGUGAAGAAGUUAUAAAACUAAACAAAGAGAUUAUAAUAAGAAAACACUCUCAUUACUAUUACUACUCAUAUAUGUAAAAGUAAUAGAGGAGUUAGGAUUUGAAACUAGAUGUGUUCUUUUCUCAAAAUGUAAAUAUUUAAGAAAGUGAGAGGCUACUGCAGAUGCUUCUACUUCAUGUUUCAUGGUUGCUGCCUGCUGGACAAAAUCGAAUAGGCAAAAUGAAAAUAAUAAUAAAAACUCGAUUAGAAAUUUAUUUCAAUUUUUGACACUGUUGACACAGAACUUUCUAGGUUAUAAGGAAAGGCAUAAGUUCACUUUUCAUUCUUUUGUUUUUCUUUUCAACCCUUUCUCUUCAUCGGUGUUUUUGCAAGUAUGAAUCAUGAAUUCCAGUGACUUCUCCAAUAUGUGGGGCUAUCAACCAACAUCUAAUUGGUGUUAUCCCGGCACUUCAUGGAGAAACCAGGACAGUGAACUGUACUGUGUAUGUAUAUAGUCAAAUAUCGAUUAACCAUAACCGUAUAGUUAACUAUCAGUUAAUAUGUCGGUUGACCGACUAACUUUUAGCAAGUGAUCCGAAAAAAAUUAUACCAAAAUAACCGACCGAUCAACUGAACCAAUAGAAGGCUUCCCUCUUUUUUUCAAUUGUGAACUUUUGUAGAUUUUUCCUAGAUAUUUAUGUCUUCUUUUUUAUCAUUGAUUUGGGCUUGACAUGUUGUUCCUAUUGGGACUGAGAAAAGAAAGUGAAGAGUGGAAGGUGUGAUGAGUGCGAUCUUUCCUAUUUUGAUGUCUACUUCUUAAUCGCAAAAUCGGCAGUACUCUUUCCAAUUUUCAAUUUUAGUGCUCACACUAGGAGGAAAUUUAAGAAAUAAUAAGAGGGUAAGGGAAGGAGAUUAUUUGUUUGUAACAAGAGUUUGUUUGGGAGGGGGAUGUGAGUUGUGACCACUUUGGUGUAGAGAAACAUAAAUAUUUAUAAUAGGCUAUUUGUUGGUUAAGUGUUAAUAGACUAUUCAGUUAAGCGAAUAUUUUGGUAAAGCGAUAAUCACACUGCUAACUUAUGAUCGAUUAAUUGUUACUGAAUAGUUUAAAAGUGUAACCACUAACCAUAUAUCACCCUCUUAAGACGCAUAUGCUACUUUGCAUUAGUGACGGUGUAACCACUUAACGCAUAUCACCCCCUAAAUAUAUUUGUACAUCAAAAAAUUUUUUAUCGAUGUUUUUUAGACACCUAGAAGUUUUUAAUUUUCAAACAAAAAAGUUAGCUUUUAAUGAAUAUAUAGUAUUUGGUUAUAAAGAUUAGUCCACUAUGUAUGGAGUCCUAGCUAGAUCCUAAUAAGCAUCUUUAAUUUGAUGAAAAUUUCAUCACUAAAAGAUCCAACUAGCUAGCUUGUACAAAUUAUGCAGGCUGAGCAAAAAGUAGGAUUACAGUGCGAGGGAUGCAAAUAUUGGCACUGAACGAAUUUUUCAAUAGUGGUGGAGCAUUAUAUGAGAAAAUGGGUUUCAGACUACUGCAUAAUCAUGGAUGGGUUGGAUCGAGUUUCUUCAAAUCUAAAUUCAACUUAAUGGAUGUAUCCAUUAAAAGAACUUUCAGCGAGUUUUAGAAGAGCAAACCUAACCCAAUCCAAUAGGUAUCUACGAGUGUAUGUAUAUUUAUGGGUUCACAAAUAUAAUUAUAUAUUAUUUUUUCGAACACUCAUAUUAUAAUAUUAUAGAAUUUUUUUCUACAUAUAUUUCUAUAAAGACUAACAAUAUCUAAGAUAAUUUAUAUUAUUCAAUUAAUCAGUUUACACUGACAUAUAGACUAAUAAUAUUCGUAAAUUCUCCAUAUUGGAUACAAAACGACACCAUUUUGCUUUUUGGGUGUGGAUUGGAUGGAAAGCCGGUUGGAUUUUGACAAAAUCCAAAGUCAAUCCACCAAUUUCAAAAGCGAAUAAACCCUCAACCGAACCAAAAAUCCUUCGGCACUGAGUUUUAUCCGCUUUGACCGAGUUGGAUCGGCUUGGAUACACAUCAAGUACUCAAGUUCAAUUUGUCGAAACCAAACCCACCCCAGCAGUUUCAAAAGCAAAUAAACCCGCACCCGAACCAAAAUCAGAAUCCUUUAACACUAAAUUUUACCCACUUUGACUGAAUUGGAUCGAAUUUGAUACCCAUCAACUCGAGUUCAAUAUUCAUCCCUAAUCCUCCCGACGAAUUAGAGAACAUUGUAAAGAAAUGGAGAAAAACUUAGCACUACUAAACCACCCGUGUGGGGGGAAAGCGACCAAUAGUCCAAAAGGCAACGCAAAUCUGGAAAGUUCGAUAAAUCAACUGUAAAAUAAACAGUUAAUUAAGUUAGGUUAAGUUUGUUUGUUUAAUAAAUAAAUAAAUAAAUCAACUCAAAGUUAGGUUUUGAUCAUUAAAGAGCUGAUGGGAACGUGUGGAGGCGUAUGAUUGAUGGGGUUCAUUCAUUCAUCCAAACGGGCCCUACAUGUUUUCUUCAAAGUGCUGCCUGUUGCUGUUGGUCGUCUUAGUGGUUGAGCUUUGUCCAUCCAAGUGGAAUAAACGAAUGCUGACUUUGGUGCUGAUGGAUGGUAUUUCCAGUCAGGGACGUCUUGAUACUGUUUUAGAUCUUCAAUGAUUUGUCAAUUGUACAAUUAUAUAAACUGAUACAAAGCUAUCUAAGGAGCUAAUUGUGUUUAAUAAGUUACAACAACGUGAAUCAUGGACAAAUCAAAAUUGUUUAAUAAGUUUAUUCAAAUUUUCGUUACAACCCAAACCUUUAGUUUUUCUACCAAUAUGGGUUCUUUGCAGCAGGUAAGAGGUUAAGGUAGGGAGAUCCAUUGUCUCCCUACCGCUUUACCAUUCCAGUGGGAAGUUUUUCAUGCUUUUUGUAUAAGAUCGUUGUAGAGGAGUAUAUUACUUUCUGUCCUCAUUGUAAACAUUUGGAUAUUGAUCAUCUGUGUUUCACAAAUGGCCUUCUAGUGUGCUCAAAUGGAUUUGUUAGUGCAGUGGCAGGAAGUAGGAGAAUUUUAACAAUAUUUUUCAUAUCUUAAGCUUAAAAUUCAACGCUGAAAAGAGUUAUAUAUUUUGUGACGAUAUUUUUGAAGAUGCCAAAAGUUUCAUAGCUGCUCAAACAGGGCUCUCUCUUGCCUCUCUUCCAGUAAGGUACCUAGACUUCAAUCAAACAGGGCUCCCGUGGCCAUGGCCCAAUCGAAAAGAUUAAUUGGAGACCAUUCUUAGACUUCUGGAAAGCAAAAUGAAUAAACAAAUUAAUGGAUGAAUAUGAAUGAAAAAUAAAUUAAUAAAAUAAAAAGGAAACAUUUUUUUUCUUGGUGGAGCAUAACAAGGAAUUCGGGAGAUGAUAAGUGAAAAUUUUCAAAGACAGGAUUCUAGCAUUGAGAUUCAGUUUCCCAGUCUCCUCCACUAAAAUUCGUUUGGUAGGAGUUUUCAUAUUUAUAGAGAGGAAAAUUAUCUUAACGGUUUCUUGGGGAAUGAAAUGUAGAGCAGGUUUGUAAAAUUUAUAGAUUGAACUUAGGUAAUCAGUUUGUGGAGCGGGAGCGAGAGUCUGAAAGCGUUUGUUUAUAGAGAAUUUUAUGUCGAGAGCGUGAAAAGAAUGUCAUUAUAUUAUUUAUAAUUCAAAUCAAUAAUCAUAGAUAAUGUUGUUAUAUCAUAACUAACAAAAUUAACUUAAAUGAACGGGAGCGUCGACCCCUCCUACACAAAUUAUGUGACCUAAGAUUGAACAAUAGUUAUGCCGUUAAAAUUUAGGAAAUAUAAGCAUGUCAAUUUUUGUUUUUUUUAGAAUGUAAACAUGUCAAUUAUAGAAAGUUAGAAUAUCUAUUUAUCAUUGAAUGUCAUCAGUCAUAGUAUCAAACAAGAAAUUUUCAAACCUUUUUUGAUAAUUUAGAGAGCUAGAAUUUUUAAAUUAUUUAGAAUUCGGAGAUAAAUGUCCGUUAUUGACUUUUUUACAGUAUCUUCCACAAAUUGACAUUAAUGUCCGUUAUUGACUUUUUUACAACUCGUGUGUUGCUUUACCAUCGGAGUUUUUAUUUGUAGUGAUUAGGGAUGGCAAAUUACCCACCCAUGGGUAAUUAUACCCAAACCCAAGUAGACCCAUUGAUAAUGGGUUGGGUAUGGGUGAAGUGCAAAUGGGAUUGGGGGUUUAUAGAUGGGUUUGGGUAAGGUAUGAAUAUUGCUUCCAUAAUCUAAAUGAGUAUGGGUUGGAUAUGGAUAUCCAUUUACUUGAGGGUGUUUUAACUACACAUGCAAAAAUUGGACUUAUUUGCAAAACUUGAAAAAUUUAGGUACCAAAAUGUAAGACCAAAAAAAUUUAGGUACCAAAACGUAAUUUUCCAUCGAUAUUUUGAGGACUUAUAUGCAAAAAAAAUAAAUUUAGGUACUAAAU